UGUCACUGUCAGCAUCAGCAAGUAGUUUUAGUUUUAGGUUAUAUUUUAAAUUUUUAUUUUUAACAAUGUCAGUUUAAAAAGUGUGUGAUUUUUUAAGAUUUAUUGUAGACUUGUGGGCCUGGGCUGUGGUUUGUGCGUGUAUUGUGCAGACGCAAGCUAUCUCCUGACAAUCAUAAUUCAAUUUAUAGAAGAAACCGCUACCGCUAACAAAACGCUGUGGAGUUACGUACAGAACUUUCCGAUGUUCACUACAAACUCAGGGAAUGUCCUCAAACAUUAAUGUCUGUGAAUAUAUGCUUGUUUCAAAUAAUCACCGACAUCUACAGCACUCGUGAAUUACGACAAGAGUGCACUUCUUCAUCGCAAGUCUACCCGAGGACUCAAUACAAGUGUAUGUAUAGAGCUUACUCUAGUUUAAAAUCUUGUGCACUGAGGACAAACCACAAUGUCUUACCUCGGCAUGAUUAAACAAGAAUGUGAUGAGUCAGAAGCGGAACAAGACAGCGACGAGCAAAACACAAGUACUCUAGAUACAAAUACUCAAAAUGACUGGCAGAUUUCAAUCAAGGAAGAGUUCACUUGUAAUACAGAAAUAGAUUUGGGCGUAGACGUUGUUGUACCUGAACAAUUUGAAUUUCUCGAACACAUUACGUACACUUGUGACAUCUGUUCUGAAAAGUUAUUCCAAGACAUUGAUUUAUGUAUCCACAUGAGAUCCCAUCGCGAUUACAGUGACAGCUUCAAGAUGGUUCGCUGCAACCAUUGUAAAUACAUUCCUGUGAACAUAUACGACUUGGCGACGCACAUCAAGAGUCAUUCAAUGGACGAGGACUCCUUCAACUGCCACGUGUGCGACUUCAGCAGCAUCGACAUAUACAGCCUGAGCGUGCACCUGGACGCACACGUCAGCGACCCGGUGUACAAACACUACUCCUUCGACUGGAAGAGGAAUAGAGUCAAAGCAAAGCAAAGGAAAAGUCAAGAUAAAUUGAAAUAUUACACGUGCAAAGUGUGCAAUUACAGAUGUCUGAAGAGACGGUCGUUGGAAGUGCACAUGUUCACUCACACGGGCAAGAGAUCGUUCCCCUGCAACCUGUGCGACUUCCGGGGGCUGACUCUGCGCGAGCUGAAGAGACACUGGACCAGACACAUGCAGAAAACGAAACUUGUGACUCCCCAUGUGUACAAGUGUAAGUUCUGUCCGUUCAAAACUGGUAACGAUCAGUUCGCUCUGGAGAGACACAUGAAGUCUCACACCGACAUGGGCAACACGAACAAACCGUUCACUUGUAUGUACUGCAAGUGUACGUUUCGGUAUAUGACCGCGUUGUGGAGACACAUCCGGAUCCACACCGGCGAGGAGCCUUACUCGUGUAACAAAUGCAAAUACACUUGCUCUACGUUGAGCAGUUUGAAGAUGCACGAACAAACACACACUGGUGAAAAGGCAUACGAGUGCGCCCACUGCGCAUACAUAACUAGGCACAGACGCAAUAUAGUUUUACACACAAAAAAGCACGAAGAGGCUCUCCCCUGUACGAAGCAGAAUACUUUAACGUUCCACAGUCUAACAAACACAGGAGAAAAAAAACAUUUGUGUAAAAACUGUGAUUGUGCGACUGAAGAUGUGAGUGAUUUAGUAGAUCACAUGCAAAAACACGCAAAAAAACCAUCAACACGAGCGAAGUUGAAAAAUCAAAAGAAUGUAACGUCUCACAAACUAACACACACCGAAGAAAAACCGCAUUUGUGCACACAUUGUGAUUAUGUGACAGAAGAUUUAAAUGAUUUGGUAGUUCACAUGCAAGAACAUACAAAAACAGAACCAAAACACGAGAAGUUGACCAAUCAAACGACUAUAACAUCUGACAAUCUAACACACACAGAAGAAAAACUAGUUUUGUGUAAACAUUGUGAUUAUGUGACUGAAGAUUUAAACAAUUUGGUAGUUCACAUGCAAAAACACACAAAAACAGAACCGAAACACGAGAAGUUGACCAUUCAAACGACUAUAACAUCUGACAAUCUAACACACACCGAAGAAAAACCACAUUUGUGUAAACAUUGUGAUUAUGUGACUGAAGAUUUAAGUAAUUUGCUGGAUCACAUGAAAAAACACACAAAAACAGAACCAGAAAACGAGAAGUUGACCAAUCAAAACACUUCAACGUCUCACGAAAGAAAGAAAUACAGAAAAAAAACCACAUAUGUGUAAAAACUGUGACUACGCGACUGAUGAUUCGACUGAUUUGGUGGAUCACAUGCAAAAACACGCAAAAGAACACCCGUUGAAACUUGCGUGUCUCUAUUGCAAGUUCAAGUGCUCGAAGCGAUCGCAGCUGUCGGAGCACCUGAGGAGUCACGACGCGUACCACCGCUGCGCGGAGUGCGGGUACGCCACGCUCGCGCGCCAGACGUACGAGGCGCACGUGCGGUCGCACGACAAGUCGCUGGCGUGCUACGCGUGCGACUACGUGUGCACGAGCGCCGGCGACCGCGCGGCGCACGCGCGCACGCACUGCAACGAGAAGCCGUUCCAGUGCCUGUCGUGCGGCGUGGGCUUCCACAGGAAGUACCAGCUGCAGCGACACCGCGGCGAGCGCAUGUGUGCGAGAGCUAAUACACUCGGACAGUUGACACAACUAGAAUAGUUGACACAACUCCUAACUACUAUACAAGUUAACCCGUUUCAGUCUUAGAUUUUUUUUUUUAAGAAUAUUUGCCAUAUCUUUUGUCAUCAUCAUCAUUAUCAACCCAUAUUCGGCUCACUGCUGAGCCCGAGUCUCCUCUCAGAACGAGAGGUGUUAGGUCAAUAGUCCACCACGCUGGCCCAAUGCGGAUUGGCAGACUUCACACACGCAGAUAAUUAAGAAAAUUCUCAGGUAUGCAGGUUUGCUCACGAUGUAACCCCUCUCAUUCUGAGAGGAGACUCAAGCAAUAGUCAGCCGUAUUAGGCUAUUUCAUUUUGAUUUUUGGAGUUUAGGAGUACUUAAACUCCAAAAAGUGGUUUAAAGAAUAGAUAAACGUAAACUUAACAACUAUGAACAAAUAAAAAAUGAAAUACCUUUGUUAAAUUAUUAAUAUUUAUUUGAAUUGAAAAAAUCCAUCUAAUAUAAUUGUAUAUAUUGACAUUUAUAAUUUUGAAUUGUACCAAUAAUUGACAAUUUAUUUAUUAAUUGUACCAAUUGACUUUGUUUUUUUUUUUUGUUUUAAUUAGGAAUAUCUAUUAAUUGACAUUUUUCUUAAUAAACAUCUGACCUUUAAUAUGCAAUUAACCUUAAUUGUAACUGUUAUACAGUAUACUUCUAAAUUAAUUAUUAGUUACUUUAAAUAGAUAGAUAGAUAGAUAUGUAUAUACUUUAUUUGCACACCACAAAGACAAAAACAAGUGAAAUAAAAACAAAUUAGGAAGAGAUCAGCAUACAAAAGGCGGCCUUAUCGCUAAGUAGCGAUUUUUAACUUUAGCUUAAAAUUUUUUUUUAUAUCAUAUUGUAAAUACUAUAAAUAUUGUAACAUUUUAGAAUUAUUGAAUACGACGAAUUUAAUGAAUAUUGUGACAAUAAUAAUAAUUAGUAGUUAGGUCAAUAGCUAAGCAUUCACAUAAUCUAAUGUACAUUGUUGUACUUGACUUAAUGUAUUGCUAGCAGUUCAUUUUCCUGAAUAAAUAAAUAAAUAAAUCUAG